AUGACCCACGGCAAAGGACCAGCCAUUCUAAACUCCUUUGUCGCUGCUGACGUUCUUACGACAACGACGCCAGUAACGACAACGAUACUUACGACGACCACCGAUUCCAAUCAUGUUCCGACACCAGCUGACGCCAUUCUGAAAAAUCCUUUGGACACUGACACCGCCGACCCACAGGAUAUUACAUCCGAAAUUGAGCCACCCACGCCUGCUCUGCACCGUCCGACGAACGAAGAGCUAAGGGUGGCGCGGGCGGAGAAACGUGCGGCGAAGCGUGCUGAGAAGCACACCAACGCUGAAGAUCUAAAAAAACAGGGCGAUGUCCUUUUCUCUGCGGAACAGUACCAGGAAGCAUACAUACCCUACCUAGAAGCUACACAAGUCUGGCCCUCCAACCCGACUUAUUGGAUUCUACUUUGCACCACAUACGUAAAGCUUGGAUGGUACGAGGAAGCGGCUCAUUCCGCUACGCGCGCUUUAACUCUUGACCCGAAGUCCUCUGAAGCACGAUAUCUUAGGGGAGUUGCGAGAUUAGAACAAAAACUCCUUAACGCCGCCAAAACCGAUUUCGAAACUGUUCUAGCCCACGCACCCACGCACCUUCCCUCCCAGACCUCACUCUCCCGUACCGUGGCCGCCAUUACCUCCUCCCGGACCCUUGGCUCACACGUCCUGGCACCUAGCAUUGUUGACGACGUCACUAAAGACCUCGAUUUCGGAUACCCACAUUACCCCACUGACGAGGACCAUGCCUUGGAUGUUCUAGACAACGAUGACGGUUACUCAGACUCGAGUGACUGCGUCCACGUCGGUUCUACAACCAUGCAGGGUGCGUGCGCGGAGCAGAGUGCGCCUUCUCUCAUGCCCCAGAUGAAAGAAGCAUCCGAGACGAAUUGUAUGUUCCUCCCAUCUUCAACUAGGCUUUACGAGCUAACCCUUUGUGAACGCAGGGGCAAGAACGUUUGCACAUACUUCCUCCUCUCCUUGUGCAAAUUCGGUGCCCACCAAUGUGUAUAUUCGCAUUCGACGGCGUACCUCCCCAAGAAGGGGUGGUGGACGACCGAGGAGAAGAAGGACAAGAUCAAGGCGGUGAUGGCGAUAGCGGAGGAGAGGAAGCGGGUGCAGAGAGAACUGGAAUGGCAGAUGAGGGAACUGGAGAGGGAGAGGCGGGCGAAAGGAAAGGCGAGCGCGAAGAAGGACGGAGCCAAGGAUAAGGCUAAGGCUCAGGCUCAGGCUCCUAAAGACAACGUGGACACGGCAACUGGGACGUUGCAGAAGAAGAAAUCGACGGUGAGGCGGGGUAAAGGCAAGGCCAAGAUAAAAGCCAAGUCCACUGCUGUCAUUGUGCCCGACGACAAAGCCGCUCCAGAGGUUAAAGCGGACAAUGAUGCACCCAGUGUGCCCUUCACGGAUUAUAAUCUCGCUUCACCUGUGGUACCUAGGCCUGAUGCUCUGGAGGCGCAGGUCGUCCUGCUUAUUAGCAGCGAAAAAUUCUAUGCUUAG